GAGGUCGAAAACUGUAAUAAAGUAGAUCGUGGAAAACCAAAUUACCCUCAGUCUCAGAUCUUCCUCAUUCCCAAAAUAGUUAUACUGCUUCAAAUCUCCAUUAUUCCACAAUCUCUUAAUUAAAGGUGAGGCAAAAAGGUAAAUAUUGAGAUGGGGGCUGGUGAGGCAUGUAAUUCAGGAAAGAAGAAUGUGUUAGCAGAAUGUUGUGGGAAUGAAACAAACAGAGAGAAUGUGAAUGAAAUCUCUACCUCUACCUCUACCUCUUCAUCAGAUGAUUCAUUUGCAGCUAAAAAAGGUCCUCCUAAUAACAAGUCGUCUAUGAUUAGUAAAUAUUUGGAGGAAGAGUCAAGGAUCCAUGUGAUGCGACGCCUCGACUUUUCUACAAAUGUGAUUAUUGGAGAUUAUGGAUUACUAGAGUUGGGCGAUGAUGAAGAUUAUUUAUUUGAGAUUGUUUAUGGAUUUAUACUCGAUUCUAUUUUAUCUGAACUAGUUGUGACAAAUCUAGACGACACCCCCAACACGCCUACAUCUGCACCAUGCCUUACUGGGAUUGCUCAUACAUGCCCUGCAGCUCCAACUAAGUCCACCACCACCAACUCCACAAACAUUCACAAUCUUUCUCAUGUAUGCAGGAAGCUUCAAUUCUGACUCCUUUCAUACACAUUUUUAUGCUUCUUUUUUUUUCUCUUCUACAAUGUCUUCUGCUUUAAUGGUAACUUUUGAUUCAUCUCGAUAUUAAAUAUUAUUGUUAAUGUAUCUCGUUGGUGACGUUGUUGGAAGAUUAUUGUAGCCACUCGAUAAAAGAAGUGAAUAAUAACCAGAAUAAAUCUGCUUCA